GCUUUCUCUGUUUGUGAGGAGAAGGAAGAGAACCAGCUAGCAGGAAAAGGGUUUCAGUGAUGGCUUUCACAAUGGGAAGAAAUACAGUAGCUCCAUUGUUGUAUCUCAACCUUAUUAUGUAUAUUAUAGUCGUGGGUUUUGCUAGUUGGUCUAUCAACAGGUUCAUCAAUGGCCAAACUAAUGAUCCUGGGUUUGGAGGAAAUGGUGCAACUAUGUUCUUUCUGAUAUUCGCGUUACUUGCCGGUGUUGUCGGUGUUACUUCAAAGUUGGCCGGCGGCAGCCAUAUUAGGUCAUGGAGAAGUGAUAGUCUCGCCGCAGCAGCUUCAUCAUCGCUCGUUGCUUGGGCCAUCACUGCCCUUGCAUUUGGGUUGGCAUGCAAGGAGAUACACAUAGGAGGAUAUAGAGGAUGGAGACUGAAGGUGUUGGAAGCUUUCAUAAUAAUUCUGGCUUUUACCCAGUUGAUAUACGUUGUAUUGCUUCAUGCUGGUAUCUUCAGCAGCAGCUAUGGUCCCGGGUAUCGUGAACCUGGAUAUGGUGUCGGUGUCGGGGCACCCGUGACAGAUCCGGGUCACAAAGGUGGUGUGGGUACUAGGGUCGUGUAA